GGUGGGGUGGGGGGGGGAGAAAAGGCGGAACAAACCGGUGUGCUCGGAUACAUGCUGUAGCUGCUCGCCCGCACUGCAGAUUAACUCUUACCGUGCCGGGAGAUGCAGCGAGACAUGGAAAAGACUGGUCAGAGAUUCUCCUGACCGAAGCUCACGUAACAACUCUUCAGCCAGCAGUCACCCUCCCUGGGGAUUGUGAGGACGCCUCCUAAACUCAGCUCAUUCCUCAACCUGCCACACAGAGUGCGUGGCCAGGCACUGUAGAGAUGGGACGAAACACGGAGAUGCACACAGAAGAGACCGAGCAAGUGGUGUGCUUCUGAAUGUUAUGUCUGCUCUUCUAAAAGAGAAAAGCUGCGGGAAAGUGUAGAAAACUCAAAGCUCCGAAGAACACAGGCCACAAAGUAUGACCCGCCACUUUCCUACGCAUGGUGACAGGGGCUGAAGUUGGCCACACAUUUUUGUGUGUGUGUGUGUGGGCCUGUGUAUCACACUGUGUUGAGGAGUAUUUACCUACAGCAGGGAGUGUCUGGUCUCCCCUCCAGCCUAGAGGGAGGCUGUGGUUUGUGUGCCCUUCGUGUUCCGGAUGCAGAACAUCCUCGAUCAAAACUUAGACAUGGCCACAGCUCUACUCGCCGGCGAGAAGCUGAAGGAGCUGAUCCUGCCCGGCUCCUCUCAGGAUGAGAAGGCCGGGGUACUGGCCAGUCUCAUGGUGCAGCUAAAACUGGAGCUGCCCUUUGAUCGUGUUGUUACUAUAGGGACUGUCAUCAUCCCCAUCCUGUUGGUCACCCUUGUCUUCACAAGGAACUUUGCAGAGGAGUCCAUAUACUGUUACACACCACACAACUUCACCAGAGACCAGGCACUGUAUGCAAGAGGCUACUGCUGGACAGAACUUCGGGAUGCUUUACCUGGCGUGGAGUCUCACCUUUGGCCUUCACUAUUUGAACACAAGUUCCUGCCCUACGCCCUGCUGGCCUUUGCUGGAAUCAUGUACAUUCCUGCUUUGGGCUGGGAGUUCAUGGCCUCUACACGGCUCACUUCAGAGCUCAAUUUCCUGCUUCAAGAGAUAGAUAACUGCUAUCAUCGUGCUGCUGAGGGCCGAGCCCCAAAGAUCGAGAAGCAGAUCCAAUCCAAAGGACCUGGCAUAACUGAGCAGGAGAGGAGGGAGAUCAUAGAGAAUGCAGAGAAGGAGAAAAGCCCCGAGCAGAACUUGUUUGAGAAAUAUUUGGAGAGACGAGGUCAAAGUAACUUUCUGGCUAAGCUUUACCUGGCACGCCACCUGGCGAUAAUCUGCCUCAGUUCCAUCCCCAUUUCCUACCUGAGCGCCUACUAUGCCCGCCAAAGGCAAAAUGAGUUCACCUGUGCGCUGGGUGAACCCCCAGACAUUAGCAGCUAUGCAGAGCUGAAGCUCAGGGUCAACUGUAAGCUGCCUGCAGUGCAGCUACAGCGCAUCAUGGCAGCAGUAGAUAUUUCUCUGCUUUGCACCAUGAACCUUAUCAUCCUGGUUAAUUUGUUGCACUUGUUUGUGGUGCGGAAGUCCAACUUUGUAUUUGAUAAACUGCAUAAAGUUGGUAUUAAAACACGGCGUCGCUGGCAGAAGUCCCAGUUCUGUGAUAUCAACAUACUGGCCAUGUUCUGCAAUGAGAACAGGGACCACAUCAAGUCACUCAACAGGCUGGACUUCAUCACCAAUGAAAGUGACCUCAUGUAUGACAAUGUGGUCAGGCAGCUGUUGGCUGCGCUUGCACAGUCCAACCAUGAUGCUACACCCACUGUGAGGGACUCUGGGAUACAAACACUUGAUCCCAAUAUGGAUCUUGGAGUGGGAGAGAUGGGUGAGCCGCUAGUCAUCAAACGGCCCCGCAAGAAAAUUAAAUGGAUCCCAAGCUCAAAUCCUCUUCCUCAGCCGUUCAAGGAACCUUCUACCCUGACACGUCUGGAAAAUAACACCAAGUCUGAAAAACCCAAACCAGUCAGACGAAAGGCAGACAACUUCAUUGCACCACUUCUGGAUACCAAGAGCACACAAUAUCCUGCAACAAAAGAUGUAAGUGGGAUGGAGAAAAAGCACACUCGCAACUUCUCUCUGGAUGUGCACCCAUACAUGCUGACCAUUCGUAAGCCCAAGGUGGAGACCACAAUCGCACCCACAGAGCACAACAUGGAUGCAGUCUACCUUGAAGGCACACACACUAUUGUUCAUGUGUCUGGCGCAAUUACAGAAACUAAGGUUUGUUCUCCAGAAGUGACCAACACUGCCUUUUCUACAGUGACCCUGCCCACCUCUACUUACGUAAACGGCGUGAGCCCGAACCCUCCCUCCAGCGAGGACCCCCUCAGUCCCAAGUCCUCUCCUGCUCAAAGGGAGCCCCACACCCAGACGGAAAAUCCUGAGUGUCCGCCACCCCCCCUGACCAGAGCCCCUACGCACCAGCUGCUGAGUAUACAUCACACUCUCUUUGAGGAAGAGGAGGAUGAAGAAAACCGUAGAGACAGACUGGCACAGAGACCUGGGGAGCUCAUUGCCGCUGGGGAAUGUUGAAGAAGGGGGAAUGCUGACCGAGAUUUCCUUCCCCGACACUACACUCUGCGCACACAACCACCAUGUCAAUCACCUCCUAUCAACAGUCACCUCUACUCUUUUAAUUAACUCACGCACUCCUGUGAUGGGUGGCUUGGGCUGACUGACGAGCAGAAAUUGGACACUGAGAAAAAUUAAGUUGGACUCUAGUAGGCAUUUUAGAUGGGAAUGUGAUUUAAAGAGGUUAAGACAAAAGCUUGUGUAUUUGAGAGUACUGAUUAGAGUAUUACUGUAGGAAAUGAUGUCACAUUCAUGUCUCAGGGUGACUGUGUACAGCUUAACACCCUCCAAUGAAACCAGCAGUGAUAUUCAACAGGGUGCUAUAGUGCAGGGUCAAACAGUCAGCUUUAUUGAAAAGGCCUAAUUAAAGAAUGAGCGGCAAUGAGUUAGCUCAAAAAAAAAAAAAAGACACACACCUUAGAGAUGCAUAUCUGCAAAGAGGACUGUUUUAUGGCUUCAAACAAAAUGUAUUUAUCACAUAUGAUAACGCUUAGUCCCUUUAUCCCAAUAGCCAAGUAGAAAGGUAGCUCACGCAAUACAGUUGUUGAGAUCUGCACAAUUAAUAUGCAAAAGAUCACAAUAUAUUUGUGGCAAUAAUGUAUGCGCUUGAAGCAUCAUAUUUCACAAAAUGCUAUACAUGUAUAGACACUGUAUAUGACUCAGUGUUUGUGGGGUGUUUAAAAUAUGACACACGUUCAUGGCUUUAUCGUUGCCAUUUCACCAUUAAUUAGGAAUUUGUAUCAGAUCUUGACUCGACCAUAUUUGCAUGUCAUUAAUAAUAGGUAAUUUGGCAUAUUAUAUAAAGGAACAGCAAAAGAACAGACUCUACAAUGACUGUUGCAUUGUGAGGUGAUGAAUAACUACAAUAUUGUUCAGAUGUGUCUACUAGGAUCCAGAUAUCUAUGAUAUCUAGUAAAAAGGCAGUGAUGUGGGUGUUUGGUACUUGAAGACUUUACUACCAGCUCCAAUAUGAUGAAUGGAACUGGUCUCACUGGUAAAGUGUGUGACUUUUGUGUUCUGCUGGCUUCUUGUGGGAGUGCUGUGAUGUGAAGUGAUGAGUAGAUGUUAAAUCGUUCCUCACUGGAUGGUUUAUUACAUGAUGACUAGGCUUUUGAUUGUCAUCUGCUGCCUCCGACACAAUCUAAAUUUCGUUAAAAGUAGUUCUGCCCUGUCUCACAUUGUGCUAACAUUCGCUACGAAGGAACGAAUAGGUAGAAUAGUUGGUCUGUUAUUUGUAGUAAAACCAAGCAUAUAAGGUAUGUUAGCACUUUUUACAGGGAAUGAGUGAGUGUGACAAGGGGAUGGGUGCUUACCACAACCUCUCCAUACACAUUUCUUGCAGCUGCAUACAUGAUUACAGGAACUUCAAUAAAGGAACUGUCUGCACUGACUUUCACGCCAAUAUGACAUCUACUGUAGAAGACAUUAGUGCUGUUGUCAGGGGCCUACCUACAGUACAGGCAGACCUAUGCAUACUCAUCUUUUCUUCUGGGGCAGUCAGUAAACACACACACUUGUGGACUUCCAGUUAUCUUUUGGUGGAAAUAACAAAUCGAUCCAUCUCGUUGUCAUGACACUGGUUGGGUCAAAAUCCCCAUGUUAGACUAUUCAAGCACACUAAAUGCAUCCAAAAGCA